AUGAUCAGCAUGGAGCUUCCGGCACACGCGACGCAGCAUGGUGCUCUACACCUGGGGGUCGGAGUCGGGGUCAAUCCGGGUGACCCAGCCGGAAGUGCCUUAGCCGCCAUUCACCCGCAUCCCCAGGACCCUCUAGCCCUUCAUCAUCAUAAUCACGGCGCUGCGACACCCGGAGGUAUGCAUGAGGACUCCAAGAAAAAACAUGAUGGUGGCCACGGAAUGAACCAGGAUGGUCAUGGCGGAGUCAACCAACUCGGUGGCGUCUUUGUGAACGGAAGGCCCCUACCGGAUGUAGUCAGGCAGAGGAUCGUCGAGCUCGCGCACAGCGGCGUCCGACCGUGCGACAUUUCGAGACAACUCAGGGUAUCUCAUGGCUGUGUAUCCAAGAUACUGUCGAGGUAUUAUGAGACCGGUAGUUUCAAAGCCGGUGUCAUAGGAGGCUCCAAGCCGAAAGUAGCAACGCCGCCGGUCGUCGAUGCGAUUGCUAAUUAUAAAAGGGACAAUCCGACGAUGUUUGCGUGGGAGAUUAGGGACAGGUUACUGGCCGAAGGCAUUUGCUCACAGGACAAUGUGCCAUCCGUCUCUUCCAUCAAUCGGAUCGUGAGGAACAAGGCGGCGGAGAAGGCGAAGCACGCGCAUCAGCAACAGCAGGCGCAGCAGCAGCAAGGUCAACAGCAAGGCCAGCCAGGAUCGGGCGGUUCCGUGUCGGUGAUAGCACAUGCACCUGCGACGGCAGCAGGUCAUCCAGCUGCCACCGCUCCUAACGCUUACAGUAUCAGUGGCAUCCUGGGUAUCCCGGCGCACCAUCAGGAUCCCAAUGGCAACAGCAUCAAGAGAAAACGCAGCGUUGACGAUGAUAAUCGCGACCUGAAUGAUCACGCCGAUAACGAUUUGAAGAGGCAAAGGAACAACUAUAAUGGCGAUCAAUUGUAUUCAAACCUGUGGUCGAGUAAAUGGAGCAUCAAGGACGAGCACAAGCUCCUGAGCGAGCUUGGUGGCGGUGGAGGCGGCGGUACGACCGGUGGUACAAACGGCGGUGGAAACGGCGGCGGUGGAAAUGGCGGCAGUGGCGGUGGUGGCGGCGGCGGCACUGGCGGCGGCAACGGUGGAGGCGGCGGUUAUUACGAACACAGUGGAUUCCCCGGGAACGCUAUUGCCACCUCCGCUGAGCUGUACGACUCCCUGGGCACCAUCAGUACGAUGACGCAGGCGCAAACGCCUCAUCUCUACACCCCGCCCAUAGGGGGCACCAUAGCAGGUGGUACUUUGACGCCGCUCGCGCCACUGACGAUGCAAGAACUAAAAUUGAGCCAAACAUUGGACGGGGCUAACAUGUCUCCUUACCACACCACCGCAGAGAGCAGUACCGUCGCAGUAUCGUAUGUUGGGGUGGGGGCCGGUGGGGGCGAGCAAAGUCCCCCGAUUUCGUUACAGAACGAGACAAACGCCACCCCCGCGGCCCCCAACACCCCCGGAGGGGAUCCCGGACUGACGGUCUUGCAGCCGCCAGUUUCUCAGCCCCAGGUAGCCUCUGCGAUACCGCCGUACUCGACGAUGCUUCCAAGUUUCGGACACUACGCCACCGGUGGUGGCGACUACGCGUACAGCGCUGCAUAUUCUCAAUAUUCAAGUGCACCAUACAGCGGCUAUGGUUAUGGAGCAGCGACAAGCGGGUUGCUCAACUCCACGUACUACUAUUGCAACGGAGACACGUCCACUCAUACAUCACAACAGGGCGGCGGCGGUUGUACCAGCGGUGGUCCGGAAAGCAGCGCCGACGUGGCCAGUCGUUCGCCUCUGGCGGCUACCAGGGCUAGCAGCGGGGCCAGCGCGGCCUCACCGACCGGAAGCGCCUGCACGAAGCCGGACCACACCUCCGCCACACCGACAGAUCUCUACCUGGCUUGAUGAU